GAGUCGCAAGCUAUAUACGUCACGACGUCCGCAUUUCCGACGCACGUUGCUAGUUGCUUGUUUGGGAAUUAGCAUUUAGCAUUGCAUUUAACGCACAUAUUUCCAUGGCAAAUGGAUGUAAAGACGUGCUGUUCGCGCGUGGAACUGGACAGAGCGACGAUUCGGAUAUAUGGGAUGACACGGCACUGAUAAAGGCUUAUGACAAAGCAGUGGCUUCAUUCAAGACUGCUCUUAAGGGUGAAGAUGAGCCGCAAGACUCCAAGAAAAACCAACCAGGAAAGAAACGCAAGAACAACAAAAGAAACGAGAGCAGGAAAAGGACCAAUGCACCGCCGGAUAAAGAGUGGCAGGUUGGGGACUCCUGUGUUGCUUACUGGUCAGAGGAUGGCCAGCCCUAUGCAGCAACCAUCUCCUCCAUAGACGAAAAGAGAGGCACAUGUAUAGUAGUUUAUACGGAAUAUGGCAACGAGGAGGAGCAGAAUCUGGAAGACCUGCUUUCAGAAGUUUCUGAGGGUGAUGAAGAAUUAAACACCAAGGUAAAUGAGGCAGAGUCAUCAACAGAGGAGAGCGACAGGUCCAGUACACCAAACCAACACAAACCACAGCCCCACAGUAAAGCUCAAAAGUCCAAGGCUCACAAAGAACCUCCUCCUAUGUGGGCUCCUGGUUUCCCUGGGUUUCCCCCAGGCCCACCUCCCAUGUAUCCAUUCAAACAGGGUGGGAACAGGCGUUCUGGUGGCCAUGCACCUGCGCCCCCUCCAUGGCCUCCCAUGAUGCCUUUUGGUCCUCCAAUGAUCCCUCCGCCUCCACCCAUGAGCCCUGACAUGGCGGAUGACGAAGCUUUGGGCAGUAUGCUCAUCUCCUGGUACAUGAGUGGAUAUCACACAGGAUACUACAUGGGCUUGAAACAAGGACGUAAAGGCUCCAAGUGGACAAAACCGCACCACAAAUGAUCACUUGAAGGUUUAGUUUAAAUCUGGGCCUCACGUGGAGCAUCAGUCACCCUGUCUGCUUUGUCUCACGUGUGUCAUUGUUGUUUCAAGAGGAACUAUUAUUUGACUUCAUGAAAGAGAGUUUUAUAUUCUUUGUAAAUAAAUUAAAUAAAGGCUAUUGGAGCAGAA